GGCCGGCAGGGUGAAAGUUGAAAGUUCGUCCAAAUCUGAAAACAGGAGACACGUGCCGGUAGAAAAUCAGCCUGCACACCAGUAGCAGCGAUGGCUGCCAUCUACUCAGGUAUCCACCUGAAACUAAAGAGUCCACAGACUCCAUGGGAGGACAAGCUGAAAUUGGCUCGUUUUGCCUGGAUCUCCUCUCUGUGCCUACUGCCCAACAAGGAACAGGUGCUGUUGGACUGGUGCACCCAUGCCCUCACAGGCUGGUACAGUAAAAAGGUGGAGUUUUCACAGGAUGUCUUGGAAGGUCUGUGGUGCUACCUUGAUGACGUGCUUCACAGCCGGAAGCUCCAGUCUCUGCUCAAGCAGGGAAAGACCAUCAGUCUCAGGCUCAACAUGGCACAGCUGCUGCUUGACCAUCUGCAGGAACGUAAACACGUCGGCUCCAAGUCACCAGUAUGUGUGUCCACCAUACUGAGUGUGUGUCAGGGUAUUCUCUCUUCUCCUGCGCUCUCAUCGGUUUUUACCACUAAGUAUGAACUUAUGGCUGAUCUGCUGGCCAAGCUCUCCUCUUUGGCCUGCCAUGAACUACAGCAGCCAUUACUCACAGAAGUCAACAUGACCGAGGGUGACACAUGUGAAGAUGAACUGAUGAAUGAAUGCCAUCAAACUGAACCUACUACCAGUUUGGAACUUAUCCAAACUGACCUGAUCGCUGCGAGUCGACCAGAUCAGCCAGAGAUAGACGGAAAUAAAUCUCCUACGAAGCCAAAGGAAAAGCUCCGUUCGGCUCAUUUAUUUGAGGUGUUGCUUCAGGUGCUGUCAUGUUAUUUGUCAGUGCAGCGACAACAAGCCAACCCAAACAGAGUUUUCACUAUGGUGACCAACCAGCUGCUCCAGCCGCUGGUCCUGCUCCGACACCUGCUGACCUCCGGAGACUUUACGUCUUCUCACACACAGCUUCGCCUCCGUCAGCAGCUGUGCAGAGACGUCCGCAUCAAGGUAGACUCCAUCCUUCAGUUAGCUCUCUUCCCCUCUGAGCAGCUGAACUCAUACAAGGACGAGCUCUUACCAUCAAAAGAAGAUUCUAGGAAACGCGGUUCUGGAGGGACAAAAGGGCCUUUGAAGCCCGUCAGUGCUGUACUUUGUAAGCUGAGUGCCCAGGGCUACUGUGAGCCAUCGCUGCACUACUCUGUGAAGUCCAAUGCGUUGUGUCUGCUGUUUAAGUUUUUCCUGGAAAAAUAUGGCAAAGGGAGGGGAGAAGGUGAGGAGGAGCAGAGGAUGCUGUGCUUCUAUUUUCUCAUCAAAUUGGUCCCAGCGUUAGAUCUUCAUAUUGAUGGAUGCUCAGCCUCACCUGCCAAAGCGGAGCAGCCCGGCUCUGUUUCCUCCAGGCAGAAGUCACCUCCAGCCUCCCUCAGCUCCCCUGAGAGCUGGAGCCUGGCUCUGCUGGCUGUGGAGUCCCUGCUCAGCCAGGCUCUGUCAGCUGAUAUUUAUAAUGUAGCUGCAGAUAGGAUUCGACAUGGAGAGGUCCAGCUCAGCUUUUACAGAGCCUUGGGACAAAUGCUCUUCAAUGAGGCCCAGCCAAGCAUACCUGCAUGGUACCGUUGCUUAAAGGUGCUUUUGAGUCUCAAUCAUCUGAUUCUUGAACCAGACCUGGACCAGCUGUUGUCUGCAGCGUGGGUUAAUGCUGAAUGCAUGGAAGCACGAGUGGAACGGGCAAAACAGCUCACGGUGUGCAGCCUCCUCCAAACCUACACUAAGCUCCGUCAGCUGCCUCGUCUCUUCUCAGAGCUCCUGUCUGUGAUCUGUCAGCCAGCUCUGGAUGACCUCCGACCUCCUCUCCUGUCUGAAGGCAUCUCUACGUCCCUCAAGACUUGUCUUCUGGACACACCCCCAUCCCAGAGCCUAGAGAUCUGCUCACUAGUGUUGGAGAGCAUAAGGAAACAUCUACUGCCUGACCUGGUGAAAGACAAGAUGGAGAUUGAUGGAGAGCAGGAGGACCUAGAGAGAAAAGAUGCAUCUCUGAAGCUCUCCUCUCUCAGUCAACUGCUUCAUGUUGUUUUAUUCAAUGUAAAGACGCUAGACAACACGUCUCCUGUUCUGUUUGUCCGGCAGAGUCAAAACCUGAUGGAGGCAAUGCAGCAGUUAGUCAGUGAGCUACUACAUGUGUUGACAACAGAGAAGAAGCCAAAAACUGGAGCACUGUGGGAGCAGAAGACCCAGGAAGCUGCUCUCCUGCUCAGAUACACCUGGGUGGAAGUGGACACGCUCUUCCAUAUCCAUUGCACCAAAUACACAUCUCUUGACUCAGCAGCUAAUGAAGAGAAUGAAGACCAAGCUUCUUCUAGUGCUCCAGUCCUAACCCACAUAGAGAGUCUUCUAUCAGGGGAGAUCUUACCAGCAGAUCUCCAUCCUUCCCCCUCCUGCAGUCCCAUUAGCUGUCUGCUCCUCAAGCUCCUCACUUUACAGCAGAUCAAGAAGGCUUUGUGGGAUUCCAGCUGUGAAUCCAGCACUGCAGCACUGCUGACCAGAGCAACCCAGUUUAUUUUAGCUAAGUCCAAUCUUGAGAUGAGUCUGGAUGGAGAGCAGGUGUGGGAUGGGCAGAUAAGCAGCGUGAAUGCUAACUCCUACCAUGUAGCACACUGGCAUCUUAUCACGUCAAAUGUGCCUUUGAUUGUUCCCCACCUGAGUGGAGAAGAUGUUGGCUGCAUAGCAAAUGUUCUUGUAAGCUCAUUGUUGACCAGACAGAUGGACAGAUCCAAAGACCGGGUGUCCAGCUGUCUGACUGUCUCGCUCAUAUCUUCACAGCUUCUUCAAAGCUCAAUUCUUGCUGAGUUGCCUUCACUGUUCUCUGCUGUAGUUCAGUCCCUCACACAAAAGAUUAUCAGUGUGCUCAAGGCAGCACGUACACUCAAGGUUUGUCCAACGCUACUGACAUUUCAGGAGAAAGAAACUGGAGCUCCCUCUUCAGAGAGAGUUGCCAGUCAGCCUCUGUCCUCACUGGUGAAGAAAGAGACCAUAGUUGAGGACAUAUUAGCAUCAUCUAAAACUGGAGAGGUGCAUGUACUGCUGACUGGCACACAAAUGAAGGAGCUGGGAGUUUUACUCCAAAUCCUAACAAACCUAAAUCCAGAUGGGAUGAGCUCGGAGGAUCUCUCUUUUGUUUUCCUCGUCCUCUUCUUCAUGGUCACUGCCACCUCUGGUCAGCCAGAGCAGAUAGCCACAGAUCCUCCUGAAUCUGGAGUUGAAGCUCUGUUCCUCGAGAAGCUGCUCAGGAUUCUGACUUAUCUUGUGGAGAGUAGAAACUUCCAAAGUGUCUUGAAGCUCAUCCACGGUGGUACUCUGUUGCAAGCUGCCGUGUCGUGUCUACUCUGGCAGAGCAACAGUGGAAGGUUUCGAGCCAUGAGCAGACCGGGUUGGUUGGAUUUAAUCAAAGAAGUGCAGGGCUUCAUAAGAUCUCUGGUCCAAUUGAUUAUAAUGAGAAACAGCAGCGUUCGACUCAACCUGGACCAGUUUGCUUCUUAUCUUACUGGUGAGGCAAUGGAGAGUAGGAAAACUGCUGUAUCCAGUUCAGGAGCAUCCAUGUUAUCUGUUCAUCUUCUGCUGGCGUCACUGACAUCUUUCUCUCAGGCAAUGGCCUCUAAUUUGGGAAGAAGCAAACCAAUGGAUCAAACCUUAACUCAAAUGCUCAGAAGAGUCACUGCUUCACUGGGACCAGCUGUCGAGUCUGUCCUAAAGCCUCAGACUGUGAGUGAGAACGACGUCCAGCCGGCUAGCAUCCUCGGUCAAGCCUUUGUAGCUGAAGUUGUUACCGUCAUGCUGCACUCUGAGCUUUCCUCGCUGUCGGUAGAGGAUGAGAACAGGCAGAGUGGCGCCCAGCUGAAACAUAGGACCCUCUAUCAGUGCUUCUGCCAGCAAAUCCUGAAAGAAAUCAGCUCUGCGCCCCGGCCCAAGGACUUCCUGGUUUCCUCUCUUCAUUUUCUUUCUGCUUUUUACAAAGCAGUGGUGAAGACCAAGGGAGAGCAGGAGGUGCAGCAAGGAGAGGCAAAGGAGGGAGGAAAGGAGUUGGAUGAGCUUUUCGUUCAGAUACUUCAAAAUGUGCACAGGCUGCUGACAGCUCCUUGGCUGUCUUCAGAUGUUAGUGAACUGGAGCCAUCAGUGCAGGAGCUGUUACACCACCUGGUGGAGAAAAAUACAACAAGCCAGUUUAAUGUUCUGCUGCUGAUGAUCAGGGAGGGACUGGACAGUGGCAAGCUAAGGGCAGGAAACUACAGGGAGCCGCUAUCUGCAGUGAUCAUCAUUAAGCUGCUGUCCUGCUGUCAGUUACCUGAAGGCUGCUCUAAAGCUCUGUGGCUCAUUGCACCACAGAUUUUAUCUGCUAUGGUGUUCUUGGUAAGAGCAUCCAGUGAGGAUGUCUCCCUGACUCUUCGCUUUACCGUUCCCACGGUAACUUCAAUGACAUCACUGCUGCGCCAGGGGGAGGGGCUUAUCACCAACCCUCAUCAUGUGACUUUGAUCCUCGUAGCGCUCCAGUCGGUGCCCCUCGACCAUCUGAUCCCACCCGUCUACCAGUCGGCGUUCUUGGCCGUUCAUGAGGCGCUGUUUGCCAUCAUCCAGUGUCAUCCUCAGGUGAUGCUGAAUGCAGCUCCAUCGUUCAUAAACGUCUUCUAUCGUCUGGUGGCUUCUAUCAUGCAGGAGGGUCGGCAGAGAGGAGACAGCGAUACAGGUGCGGAUGGUGACGUUUAUUUGCAGUGUUCCAGGCUGAUACAGAGGAUGUAUUCUCACAUCGCUGCUGCGGCUGAGAGCUUCACCGUGCUGUCAGCCUUCAUGGUGGCUCAGUAUGUCACAGAGCUGCAGAAGGUGACUCUGCGACCAGAUGUGAAGCAGCAUCUAACUGAGGGCAUUUAUCAGAUACUGGACCUGUGUGUGGAGCAGGAUAUCAAGUUUCUGACGGCCGGGCUGCAGAUGGGAGUCAGAGAGGUGUUCAACGAGCUGUACAGCAGCUACACCCACUACCACAAAGCUCAGAGGCAAGGAGAGGACAAGUACACAGUCUGAACUGCACAAACAAAGACUGGCGACCUUUUAACUUUCAAUGUAAUUAAACAGAAAUGCGUUUCCUGGCUGUGUGUAUGUCCAACUUUGGCUUUUCAAAGGCACACCGGCUUGUGGAUAGCAUGGGAUGAGCUCGCUGUACAUUUGUUCAUGCUCCUGACACAGUUUUUUGAUACAAUUCGCACAAUGUACACCUAAAGACAACAAACGGCUGCGUCCCCGAACAAACUGGUUUCACCUCUCUGAAUAUUGCAACAGAUCGAAGCGCAAAUAUUUAAAAAGAGGCCUGUUAAGUUGAUGCUUGAAAUUCCCCUGAAGAGGGUUGUAACCAGAGCAGCAGGUAUUACAAACACAGUUGCACCACCUCACAUGAAUAUCAUUUAACUGCAACAGGGCUGAGACAAACAAAGCUGGUUACAGACAGAUAAGUCUGAUUACACCGUAAACACACGGCACAUGGAUGACUGGAGCAGAAGUAGCUGUUAACCCUCCUCAGAUGUCACACAGACCAGACGCUGUGUGAAUGAGUCGGUGAAAAACCACCACCUGUCACUGAAAAUACGAUUAUCAUAAUGUACAAAAUGUUAGAAUUUAAAGAAUCAGUGAGGUAUUUCCAUGUAUUGAUUUGCUGAAAACUGUAUGGAUGUGUGUGUAAGUUCUACUUCAUGUCCUCUAUAUUACUUUCUUUGUAUUUUUACAAGAACUAAAUGAUUUAAAUACAGUGCCGCUCUUUGUCUUC